CAACAACCGCCUCCCCCAACCCUCACCAACCCACGCUUCACUCUCGAGCUCGAAUUCGUCUCCUCUCUCGCCAAUCCUUACUACCUCUCCCAUCUGGCCGUCAACUACCCCAAUCUCCUGGGGAUCAGCCAGUCCACCGACGAGACGGACGCGACCGACACCAAAGACACCACGACCCCUCGCGACCCCGACGCCGCUGCGUUCGCCGCCUACCUGGCCUACCUCUACUCCUACUGGAAGACCCCGGAAUAUGCGCAGUUCCUGACACACCCGGGGGCUACGUUACGGGCGCUGCGGCUGCUGCAGGAGGCGAACUUCCGACGGGAUGUGAUCCGGCCGGAUGUUGUCGAGGCGUUGGCGAGCAAUGGACUGCAGGAGCAGGUAGUGGAAGGGGACAAACCUCAGGGCGAAGAGCAACAGCAGGAUCAGUCAGAGCAGCAGGAUGGUAAG